AUGCGCAGCGGGAGUGCUAUUCAAAAAUACAGAAAUCAUCUGAAAGAGUACCAGCAAGCAACAAUGUCCGACGACGAUGAGUCCUCAGAUGAGGAGAUUGAGGAGGUUGGAAAGCUUACCUCAGCGAGAUGCUUAUCAAUGACAUGCGGUUGUUUCACGUUCGUUUGCGGAAUGAUCGGUUAUUUUUAUCUAUUGGCGGCGCCGCAAAUGGCCACAUUCCCAAGCCUCAAAUGGCAGUCAUAUAUUUUCCUGACUAUUGGAAUAGUUCUUCUUUCGAUGACAAUUUACAAGGGAUGGAUUUCAAUGAAAAAUAGAUAA